GCGGCUCUGGGGUUUGCAGCCGGACGAGGCGGAAGUCGCUCUGUUCCUUUACAGUCCCUCAGUCUGGCGGAAAUUAAAGAGCUGUAAGAGAGGUUCCGGAGCUGGCCCGGCGUGUAGGUGGCCAGAUGGAGGCCGAGACCGCACACCCGCCACUGACCCGCCGCCCGCCGCUGGCCUCUUCCUGGGAUGCCGCGUGUGGAGCCCUGGCCCAGAAUCUCCAUCUCACCCGGUCUGAUCUCGGCGCCCGGGACGCCGACUGGGAGGAGCUGCUGGCGCCGCCUGCCACCGGCCAGGAUCUGGUGAUUUUGAAAAGGAACGUGAACAGCCAAGAUGAAAACCCCUGCUUCCUUUACCUGAGAUGUGACCCUCCUGGAGGUGAAGAAAUCGUUUCUAUUGGCAUUUUAAGUUCAGCAAGAAAUAUGGAAGUAUACUCAGGAGAGGAGUACUGUGGAACCAGUAGGGGCAAGAAUGUUUGUAAUGUUCUGGAUAACAGUGAACAUGAAAAGAUUAUUUUGUACAAAAAAUAUCUAAAAUUGGAGUCUUCCACACAUGCUUGUAAAAUAAAGCUGCUCUCCUUUGGUGAAAAGCAGUGUGUGUUCAUCAGUAAAGUUGUGGUACACGUGAGGCCACUUUCAGCAAAUUCUUCAGCAGGCCCUCCUGCUCUAGGAUCAAGGAUAGACCUGGAGAGGGUCCAAACUAUCAUGGAGUCCAUGGGGUCAAAGUUGUCAUCUGGAGCUCAGCAACUGAUGAAUAUGGUUAUUUUCCAGCAACAGAAUUGUAUUCCCAUUGGACAGCAGCUUCAGUCAGUUUUGGGAAGCACUGGAUACAAGCACAUGAUCAGACUGCAAUCAUCAUCCGCUUCAGGGGCCUUCGACAAGUCAUCCCCCACACCUUUCCCUUCCAGGACUGGAUUGACAUCUGGAAACGUGGCUGAAGACUUAAAAGUUUACAUUGAUAAAAGUACGCAGCCAGCUGGUGGAGGAAAUAUGACAAGCCUCCAAGAGUGUAAAAUUGUGCCACAAAACCAUUCUCUUCCUGAGAAUGAUCUUAAGAAUGCAGUAUCUUCUUUGUUACCAAAGAAAGCAAGCGACAGCUCACAUAUACCUAACUCUGAGUUGCUGCCUGUUCUGCAGAAUCUGUGUAGUCAAGUGAACCAUCUCCGUGUGGGACCCAACACCAAGUGGCAGGAAAGCAUCACCAAGCCCGGCGAAGGCGUUGUUGGUGUUACGUGAGUGUCUAAGACAAGUGUGGUUUCGAUUGGGGGCAGGAGGGGGGAGGCAGGUGGAGGAAAGCAGGUUUGUUUCAAUAACUACUGCCUGAAAAUGUUUCCAGAGAGGAUCGUAGGAGCUUUCACAUUUCACCAUUAACACACUAUAGGAAAGAAACACUCAGCAGAGUAGGAUGGAUUGCUUUGAAAGAAGUGGGUCAAACUGGAGGUGCCGAGCACUUCUCAGGCAUCUGAUGGAAGGGGUACAAGCAGCAGAUAGGGUCAGAGUAGAGAGUUGUCUGCAUGAAUGGAGAGGAGCUGUGGUGACCAUGAUAUGUACAUUUUUUGCCUGAUUAUAUGAAGUGAGCCAU